AUGGAGGGGAGUCUUGCAAGGGCUAAAUACAGUUUCCAAUCCAGCAGUCCAGAUGAAUUAUCUGUACCCGAGGGAAGUAUCAUAACAGUAACUCAAUACAUCAACAAUCACUGGUUAGAGGCUGAAUAUAAAGGCAAAAGAGGAUAUUUUCCUAUAAUCUAUGCUGAAAGGAUAACAAAUGAUUCACAACUCCAUACUGAACAGAAUGCUAUUUUCUCGGUACCAUGUUUAAAUGGAGGAGAACUUCCAGAAAGUGUAAUACCUGAUAACUUUCAUCAUCAGGAUUACUCUUCAGGAAAACAAGUUUCUCAUAGCAGUAGUGAAAAUGUUGUUGAGGCUGCAUUUGGGUUUGAUGCCAGAAAUGACACUGAACUGACAUUUCCUUCUGGGGCUCUGCUUGAAGUUACUAAAGAUGUUGAUGAUGAUUGGUUAGAAGGAUCGUUCAAUGGAAGGACUGGUCUUUUUCCAAAAAGCUAUGUCAAGUCAUCAAAGAGACCAUGCGCGCGCGCAUUGUAUCCUUUUGUUGGGGAAAGCAUAGGCGAGCUCACAUUUCGUGAAGGUGACUGCAUAUUUCUUCACAAACGAUUAAAUUCACAAUGGAUGGAAGGAGAAAUUGAUGGGAAUGUAGGAAUUUUUCCUUCAAGCUUUGUCAUAGUUGAAGUUGAAUUGCUGCCUGACAAAGAUGAAUUUCUAAAUGGGGAUUUUUCUCCCAAGAAUUCAAGUCCAAAACAUGGCAGCCAUAUUAAUACUGCAACGUCUAAGAUUCAAUGGAAAGUAGGAAUGAAAGGUAGAGCACUGUUUCACUUUUCAGCACUGUAUUCAGGAGAUUUAGAAUUAAAUAAGGGAGAUAUUGUUAGAGUUCUUCGUGUAGAUGGUGACAAUUGGAUAGAGGGUCAGCUAGCUAAUGGCAUAUCUGGAUCAUGCCCUGCAGCAUACCUGGAGCCUGUAAUCAAUAAAAGCAAUUCACCUGAAAAUCACUGGAAUUUCAAGACUCAAAAAUUUACAUCUUGGGAAGAUUUUUCUGGUUCUCCUCACGUUAUGUCUAAUUCUGUUAAUACUAGUGAAAUGUCAAAAAGUUCCAGUCGAGUUUCAUUUAGUCAACAGGGUUAUGAUAUUUUUGACCGUUUAACGACAGCAGAAUACAGUGACAGGUCUCUUUUGGACUCAUCAUUUACACAGGAUCUAACUCCUAUACUUAUGCCUUGGAAUAAGUCACCUCAGGAGUCUAAAGAGGUUGGAAAAACUGAAUUUUUGGUGAAACAACCAGCACCCAAGUCCAGGACUCUAGAAAGAUAUUCUGUUACUUAUUUAGGCAAUAUGGAGGGAAAAAACCGUUCUAUAAAACAUGAUAAAACCAGCAGCAGUCCUUCGUAUUCGGCAGAGUCACUGACAUGGGGAACUACACCUCUUAGGAGCAGCUAUGCAUCAAAUUCAAAAGCAACUAGUGCUUAUAAUGGGCUCUCUGGUCAGUCCAGUGUAAUAGAUCAAGGUCCAUCAUUAGAGCCUUAUCAUCAGGGUUCUGUAGGAACUUGGCCAAGCAAAAGAUCAGGGAUUCAUGCUGGAUGCACAUCCAGUGUCCAAGGGAACUUUGUUGAUGAUCUUUUAUCAGGUAACUGUACCUCUUUGCCUCCUCCCCUGAUACCUGGCCUGCAAGGUGCAAUAGAUGAUGAUAACAUUGAUUCCAGCGCAUCUGAGGAUUCUCCGAUUACACCAAGGAGGCCAGCCCCUCCACCACCCAAACGAAAGGACAGUGGAAAUGCUGUACGCAGUAGAACACUACCAGGGAGAAGAUCAAAGGACACUGCCCAAGGCCACUUCAACUGGGAUGCUCUACCAUCAGGCAGAGAAGAUAUGAAAACAACUGUCAAUCCUACUGCUUCCCCUAAGGGAUCCCCGAAGAUGGGAGUGGCAGGUGUUGCAAGGCAAAGGCCACAAUCCAAGCCACAAUCUUUGGGUAACAAAGAUGUAGACACUGAUGUUUAUGUAGAGAAGGUACGUACACUAGGCAGUUUGACUACAGUACUUUGGGAAUUUAAUGUUUUUGUUAAAUAGCUUAUUGCUCUGACAUUAUUUUGAGCCACUGCUUGCUCUUAUUCUUUGUUUGAAGGCCACAUGGUAGCAUCUAAUUUCAUCUGACUGUAUCUCCAAUGUUCUUGUUAGGGAAAACCCAAGGCUCUGAGGAAAACAAAACUAACUUUUUCUCCUCAGCAGCAUACAUGUACAUUAUUUUCUUGGUACAAUAUUCAAUAAAGACUAGUGUAAUUCAGCAGGAGAGUUCUUGAACUGCAACUGACAGAACUGUAUAAAUGUCAGGCUACUAUACAGUCAUUAAUUUUACAUGUACAUGUAAUUGAAAUCCUGAAAUCCCAGUUGCUCUCAAUGUACUUCAGAUGAUGAUGUCUUAGACCCAAGUACUGGUUCAAUUUCUUCACUCUUUAUAAAUUAUUGCACACAUAUUGUAGAUGAAAAAAAUGUAUGUGCUCAAGUUACUAAAAGUGAUUCAUGUACAAUUUUAAUCAUGGUGGAACAUUUAAUACAUAUAUGUAUUUUUUCUAAUUUAUUAUAAUGAUUUUAGAGUCCUCGCAGGCUAAGACAUUCAAGCAGCCUAGAGCAGAUUAGACAGUCCCCAAGUCAAAGCACUGUAGCUGCAGUUAUUGAUAGUGAUGCUCAUGGUGCUGAAUGGGCUGGAAACAAGGGUAUGUACCAUGUAUAACUAAUGCCCCUCUACAGUUCCUAGUUUUUUAAAUGAAGAGACUCCAUGUUGCCAUGUGUCUGUUCAGUAAUAGAUCAUAGAUGACAUCACGGCUUUCAUGGAAUCUAAAUUCAUUUUAUACAAAGUCACCAAAAGACAAAACAAUGACAUGUACUUGCUUGUACCUAACCUCAUACUGUUUUUUUUUUUUUUUUUGAGGCCUUAACCUGCUCAAUCCAAAAUAAUGAUACGGGUAGACAAUUUGUUUUCAUCAGGCUUGGUUGGUGGUGCCUGCUGUGGAUUGCCUGCCGUCUUUCAGUCUUCCGGAAGAUAAUCUUGACCCCUUCCCUGUCAUUCUUAAAAAUAUUCAUGGCUAAAUCAAUACAUGUAAUUGUGCAAACAUUACUGCUGAGUUUGUAACAAUUCACUGUGCUGAUAUGCAGCUUGAAUCAUUACUGUUGUUAGAAAAUUCAUUUGAUGAAGUUGAUGGCCCCAGAUUAGCUUCCCUGCAGAAAAGGAUCGAAGAAACAGAACAAAAUCUUAAGGUAAGUAUCAUCUGCCAAUUAAGAAAGUUCUAUACUGACAUGCUGAUGUAUAUAUACAUGUAGAAAAUUGCCAGUGAAGGGUUGUUUUUACAUAUUCACCAUGGCCCUGGGAAAAAAGAGAAGUCCAGAGAUCAUAUUGACCCCACACAGCAUCUUUUUUCAAUGCUGCGCGAGGUAAUAAAGUGAAUAUGUGAUCCUCGCAGUUGAAUAAUUAACAACCUAACGGUUGAAACAGAUCCUAAAAAAAUUCAGGCUUGACCUGGAAUCAUUCCUGACCAUGACUUUGAGAUGACAUGAUGCAAUGUUCUAUGAAAUGACCUGUAAAUGCAACACUACUUGCAGUGUUCAAGGUAGUGUAUAAGGUAUUUGCUUGACAAUCUGUGGUUACAAUGUACCAAUCUCAUACUCUACAGAAAGAGAUGAAUGUACAUACUGGAUUCAAGUCUAUUGCUCAGGUAUUGAUUGUUUACAAAAUUUGCUGAUGUACGGCCUACAACUUUGUAUUACUGUUAAUGUUAUAAUUCAGUUUUUAAUCCUUGGUUGAAUUUUUAGUGUCCACUCAUGACAUGUAGUAAAAAGGAGAAAAACCCAGGAAUAAUUAAACUUAGCCUGUUCCAGGCAGACAGGUGGUAGGGAUGGUGCAACGAGAAGUGACCAGGAUAAAAGAGCCAGAGGGUUGAGUUUGGGGGUGGGGGGUGAGGGGGGGGGGAGCCUUCACUUCAUGCCACUCCACUAUCUGAAUGUCUUGAACCACAAAAAAAAAAAUGUGGACCAAAAGAAAAACUCAUCAUACAACAGAUACAUUGUAACUUGAUGGGAGUUCAGGCUCUUGUGUUAGAGUUUAAUUUGUGCCAGAUUUUGUGUGGGUUUUCAGAGGAGUUAUUACCCAGUCUAGGACUCCCUUACAUAAACUCUUUGUCAUUAUGGUGGUGGAUUUCAUGGGUAAGAUCCUAGACCCCCUACAAUUGUUUAUUGUCAUGUACAGUGUGUUUUCUGCAGAGCUCAGCCUUUAUUUCAGUCAAUUCUAUGCUCAGUGCAAGUGCCAAGACACCUUCAAAUUGCAUAUUAACUUACGUGCCACCACUUUAAGAAUUAUUUUUUUUCCUUUUUUUAUGUCUUAUCAGUAGUCAGUGCCACAUUAGAAAUUGCCUUUUCCUUGAAUUUGACAUUGCAGUGUCAAUUAAUGAUUUCAGUUAGUGAUGAUGGAUCCUGUAAAGCAGAGGGAAAUGGAAGUUAAAGUGUCACAGAGUCAACAGAAGAUCAAUGAAUGGCAUGAGGAAUUACAACUUCUGCAAGGUUUUGUCCUGUGUUGUUGUUUUCUUAUUAAUUGAUAGCGAGGUGCGUGCAGCAGAGCACCAUCGGUAAGAAAAUGUGGUUAUCUAUGCAUUCAAGUUUUUUGGUUCCGACAAAAUCGUCUGUAUGUACGUACCUCUACUCCUUCAUGUAAGCAGGUGUGAAAUGGGACACUUACUAGCUAGGAGUCCAAGGCAUAUACUCUCUUUGUUUAACUUGGUGUUGCAUCCAUAAUUGUUAUGGUCAAUUGAAAGCUGUCAGAAAAGAUUAUCCGCUGACCAGUGUCACAUGACUGUAUCACGGGCUUAGGUAUACAACUCUGAAGUGACAUAUUUUUUAAAGUUAUUUCCACUGACUAGUUUUUGGUUUUCAAUUGAUCGUGGGCUCAGGUCCAAUUAUUGUUUUUUUCUUAAAGGAAGAAUACAGUUUUGAAUUACUUGAGAAAGACAUUUCUUAAUAAUUUAUGUGCCUCUUAAAUGGCUGUUAAUCAAUGGAACAUAAUGUAAGAACUGAAAUAUUUUUAUGGUGAAAGGAAUUACGUGGCCUUAUUUUUUUGAUGCAAGAAUCAAAGAGAAAGAAGACCCUAGAAAUGACGAGGUUGAAGCUUCGUUUUACUGGGUCACUCAUUUCACAAGAUUUGCAUGACCACUUUUUUUUAAAACUGAUUUGAAAGACCUCACAUGUCAGAAACUUUUAGUUCCAGCCGGAUUUGUUGAAAUGGCAAAAAAAAUGUUAGAUAGUCAAAAUACUAAGGUCAACCAUUAAUAUUGAAACAAAGACAAAAUCGUUACAUGUUUGAUUUAGUUAGAAGAUGGCUUGCAUAAGACUUCGCUCAUUCUUGCUCAACAGAAAGAUCUACGUGUGCUGGACAACCGGACGGGGUGUUAUUCGAGGUCUGCCCUAACAAGUACUUUUCAUUUCAGAUGAGAAAGUCUUUAUGAUAGAGUCGCAUCGGAAAAAGAUGUUGAAGAACAAAAUAGCUGCUCUUGAGGCUAACCUAGAGGUGCAGAUUUAAAUACUUUGCUCUUUGAUUUUUUUCAACUAGUUGUAUCUUUAGUGGCUUUCGCAUCAGCUCAUGACGGUGCUUGUUUUUUGAUGUCCCAGUUGGCCAAAUUCCAAACGGUUAGAGUUGGACAGUUAUGUGGUACCUCCAUUUUUUACAUAUGGAGCACAGUUUUUCUUACUAUAGUUACUUUUUUUUCUUUGAUUUAGAAACAAGCCAGAAGUCAGAGAAGUCUUGAAAUGUUGCUUGGUGUUGUAGAGGAAAACAGAAAGAAAGAAGUCAUGGAGAAUCUUGGAGUUUGUGCAAAAUUAGUGGAAAAAAUCAAAACUGAACUUGCUGGAUUAGAGGGUAUUUAUUACGAUACUGUGAAAUGCAUGACUGUAAUCUAAGUGCAUUCAAGUACUUGCAUUUGUGUGUCUAUUUCGGACAGUUUUUCUUGCUUGUUUCAUAUCGACGCUAACUGAGUGGGAUUACGUAUUUACGUUUGUUCAUCAGUCAUCUACUGCACAACAAUUAAUUUAAAUUUUUGUCCGUGUUCAGCUUCUUUGCAGUGCUUAACAGAAAAGCCAGCUGUAUCCAAUCAAAAACACAUGGCUGAGCAGCGACAGAGAGUUGUCAAUGAACUGAUCAAUACAGAGAAAGACUACUGUAAUGACCUAGACCUUUGUGUUAAAUACUUCCUUCAUGAACUUCAAACGAUACAGGUUGGUUUCCUCCAGCAUUCAGUUCUGCAUGUCCGUGAUUAAAGUGUUUUUUUUAGAUUUUUGAGUUUACUCGUUCACGUCGUAAAAAAUCGAAUUCAUUACAAUACAAGCUAGAGGGGGCUUUAAAAAUAUAUCUUUGGGGGGUAUUGCCGUAUGUAUUUUCUUUGUUAACAGGUAGAUGGGCCUAUAAGUGGGGGGGGGGGGGUGGGGCUUGUAAGUAGCUGGGGAAAGCUUACAAGCGGAAGUUUAUGAUGGUCUGGAAAAGACAGUGUAAGAACAACAUAAAUUCAACUCCGCUCUGAAAGCAGCAUACCGUUGCAGCUGUAAUUUACCUUCGGAAGGCCUGGGAAAACGCUGAACAGGGACCGACUAGGCGAGGCCAAGUGCAGAAUGCCAAGCCAUUCCUCACUUAGUCUCCGCCUAUAUCCUGUUAUGAUCUGCCUCCCCAUAAGCAAACCAUUUGUUUGAUUUUCCUUUUUUUUGGCUCUGUUUUACUUGUUUGUUUGUCUGUAGAUGAAUCUCUGUUUCUGUUUCGUGCAGGUAAAGGAUCUCGAUUGUGAAGCUUUGUUUGGAAACAUUGAAAGUGUUCUGGAGACAUCGCGGAAACUGUUGAAAGGGUUACAAAAUGCCGUUCAAACCAAGGAGGGAAAAGACCAGGAACUUGGUAAAUAUGACUCAGAAAUGAACGCAUUAUAUAUGGCUAAAGCAUAUCUUUGGGUUAAAUGUAGUCAGUUUGCAAACACUGUGGGGAGUUUGCAACAUAUUUCACAUUUUACUGUGGUUUAAGAAAUUUGUUUGGUUAGAAGCUGUACAAACUGUGAAUAUUUCCAUUUUAUUUGCCUCAGAUUUACAACUAUAAACUUAGACAAAGAAAAGCAAAAAUCGACGAGCCUUGAUGGAUAAUUUCUUUGUCUUCGUAUAGUCACAAUACAGAUUGUUUAGGUACUAGAGAAGGUUUGUUCAUGAAGUGAUUAUAACAGUUGGGAGAUAAAAAGUUAAGCCUACAGCAAUGUAGAAAUUCAUCAAUGUCUUUGAUGGCUGCUUAAAAAAUUUUUAUUUCCCCAGGAAAGUGCUUUGUAGACUUGUCUGAAGAAAUCAAGGAUGUAUAUGCUGUAUACUGUAGGAACCACGAUGAUGCUAUUUCGCUGAUGGAAAAGGUGACAUUGAUAUAUGAUAAUUAUGCAAACAGAAGUUACGAAAGAUCGAUACUUACAAGAUUUUCCAAACAUGGAAAAGUAACGAUUCGACCGAUCUACGUAAAGUGUAACCAAGGUUAAGAAAGUUAUCGAAAGAGGAUUUUUUUUUAUCACUCUCUAAUGAACUUUGUGUAGUAGGAGAUUGUCAUUUCCUUUUUUUUCUGUAUUUAUUGUAUUUUGUUUAUAUUUGCAGUACGAAGAAAUGCCUGAAAUACAGGAUGAAAUAUUAAAAUGUUUAGAAAAAAUAAGGUAAAUGAUGUCUAAUUAUUAUGUGUUGUAGUCGAGUGAUUUGUACGCUUGCCACUGUUUCAGUACUUCCAGUGGUUUCGAAUUGUUUGAUGUGUUGUUGUACAAACGUUGUUGACCCGGUUGGCUAAAAGACCAUCCAAGCUGCUGUAUCUCUGCCGGCAACAGUACAGUAUAUCAAGGAGGAAAUAGGGGAUGCAUUGGGGAGUUUGGGUGGAAGUGGUGAGGUCAUGAGAGUUACAUCGCCUCCGAUGACCCAUUGAGGACCAGCUGAAGAUGUCAUUGGUUGACGUCACAAGUUUGGUCACUGGCGUAUGGGAACGCUUAGGUGGCAUUCGAGCAUUGCAUUAAGGAGUUUGGAGGGAAGGGAAGAGGCCACGGGAGUAACAUCACUCACUGAUAAGGGGUAGAGAGCCAGCUGAGGAUGUCAUUGGGUGACGUCACAAGCAUGCGCGCUGGCGUAUGGGAACGCUUAGGUGGCACUCGAGCAGACGUUGUUUGGAUUGGGCUUAUUUUCUUAUUACUAACUAAUUACAGUCAAAUUUCUCCUUAUGAUACCAUAACCUUUUUAGUGCUCUUGGUCCCAAAGAUACUAAAUUUUUCUUCUAAUAACAUGGACAGUUCUGCAAGCGAACACUUGUGUCUUUGCCCUACUAUGGCCCGUCUAUUUCCCUGUCAAGGGGGUUAGACUUUUGUAGGUUGGUCCCUUCGCGGCGUGCAGAAAGGACGCGAAGACUAGAGGAUGUCUACUAGUUUUGGAAGGCUAGCAAUUUUUAAACAACGAACUCCUUUAGGCUUCUUCGUGACUAUUGUAUUUUUCGUGUUAGUUUUAGCUUAUCUGCAUUAUUUUUUCAGAGAACAUACUCGCUGUUGGGACUUGUCAUCUUUUCUUAUCAAACCUGUACAGAGAGUGCUUAAAUACCCGCUCUUGUUAAAUGAACUCCUAAAGGUAUACUCUUGUUUGUAGUGUAGCAUGGUUAUGUUAACUUUAUGUAUUUUUAACGAGGCUAUUGGCAUCCUUCUCCAUUCUAGUCUGCAUGGUCUCCAUUUUCGAGCGCCAUUUGCUAAUAUAACCGCAUGUGCGUAAUCGCUUACUCAGUCUGGCCCUUACGAGGGUAAGUGCCCAGUUUUUUUAUAUGAACGAAGAUGCCUUUUAGUUUUAUCCUUUGCAAAUAAAACUUAGUUUUACUAACUAAGGUUUUGCAAGUAGCUUCGUUUUGAAAGCGAGAGAUGUAAAACUCCAAAAACAGCCCAUGAUUUAAAUACCUGUAUGACUAAAUCUAUCACUACUAUGAGCUACAAACAACUUUUUUUCUUGUGUUCCAUUUUAUAGUAUACUCCUGAAAUACAUCGUGAUAAGUACAACUUACUACAAGCGAUCACAGUAAUGACAGAUGUGGCUAAUGCAAUCAACGAGUUUAAACGGAGAAAGGAUCUCGGUAAGUUUGUGUUAGAGUAAUAGUAUACUGAGUGAAUAGCGUAGUGUAGCUAUUGUUUCGCUUGAGACUGAUUGAUCAUUCUAACUUUAUGGAAGUGUGUCUUUACUAGAGUUGGAGACUUACUUGUGUCAUAGCGAAGGCAUUCCGGAUGGUCGCAUUCCAAUAUAGAGGUGUUUUCAAAGCGUCUCCUGUCAUGAAUUCGAAGCCUCUUGCUCAGCGAUCACCCUGGCUAAUAGGAAAUAGAUCGUAAAACAUUUCGUUUGAGUAAAGCACGAGAGAACACAAGACCCAAGGAGGCCCAUUCUGCCGGUGUCUCCCUCGCAGCCGUUUUUGUCUCGUCACGCAAGACUUCUCCCCAAUGUUAGGGAGGAACGUUGCGUGACGAGACAAUAACAGCUGUGAGGGAGACUGACUGGGCCGUAUUCUGAAAUGUUAGCCGUCUCCACCCUCUAACUUGUGGCAGGGAGGGGUGGGAGGCGUCUCCGGAUUGGGGGCUAGGACGGCUAAGAAUUCAGACUAACUCGGCUGAAGUUUAACCUGAUUUUUUUUAUCUGAUUCUGAUGUCGACUUACGCUCUGCUUUCAACAGUUGUCAAGUACAAGAAAGUUGAAGAGAGUGGUCUUACAAACAAGAUACAGAAACUAAGCUGGCAUUCAGUGGUGAAGAAAGGCACUCGAAUUAAUCAGAAAUUAACACAACUUACAGGGCUCGUGGCACAGGUAAAUUUACCUACUGACACGUACAGUGUGCUUUUCAUCAGUUCUUAAGUGGAACAAAAUAACUUCUUGCAUUGUACUGCAAUAAUUUUAAUUUAGUUUCCGUACGGCUUAGAGCUUGAAGUGACCGUUAAACUAGACGAUAACGUACUCUGUACAUACGCUCAGAUGUACGGGAUCUUCCGGUAGUUUGGAUUCAUUCAUUAAUGGAACUAACGCUACAGUAAACUAAAGUGUCAUUUUCAAACAACUAAAUGUUACGCUGCUAAACAAUUGGUUGUUAAGUAGAUCAUUAUAUAGCAAUUGUUGAAUGAGGCUGAGUAGGAUAACACCCACCGAGACUUCACUUGCUCAAUCCUCUCAAUCGUUAUCUCAUUGAGGUAAUAUUUUGGCGGAGUAAUAUUUCCAAAUUUUGCGCGGCUAGCUUUUGUGUAAAGCGGAUCUAAAUUGCUCAUAAAUCAUUGUCUCUCAAGCACCGCAAGGAAUAGUCUCAUCAGAAAGGUUCAAGUUUAUUUGGAUAAGUGCGUUUGAUUGUUUUAACAUUUGCAGACUGUCGACGAAAAAUUCAUCGAAGAGGAGAAGAGGUUCCGUGGAGUCGAGAAAACCGUGAAAGCACUUUGGAAAAACGUCUCAACCUACUUGGAAGAAUUCGAGGUAACUUUGUGACGUCACAACCUGACCAAAACGUCUUCGCUUAUGAGUAAUAAUCUUUUGAGCCAUAUAAGGGAAGGUUAGAAGUUCUAAGCGGGCAUCACUCUGUUUCGGACCAGCACUACCUCAAAACUGCAUUGAUUGCAGCUAAUCGCAAACAUACGAAAAACUUCAAAAUAUUUAUGAUGAAUACUAGCAUUUUCAACCGUCUUUUAUCGCAGGAGACCAUGGAGUUCCGCCAGGCUUUAGGGGACAAUAUUAAUGACUUCUACCAAGAUGCUGCAACGUGUUCAGAAGUGUCCACUUAUUAUAGGACACACAAGACGAUUGGGGAGACUAUUCUAAGCAGAUUUGUAAGUUUAAAUGAUAUAAUUCUGUAUAGUCAACUAAUGAACGCAUAGACGAGUGAGAGUGCGACCACUGUUGACCUCAAACUCGUCUUCGCAACGACAAGUUGACAGCACUUUGUGAAAAGUGCUGGGAACGAGGGUCCAGGGUCUGGCAUCCACUUACAAAAGGUCACUCUGACUGGCUCAAGCGGAAAAGGAAAAAAAAAAAGGACAGUUAACUAAUUUGCGGAUUUUUGUCGUGAUUUGUUUGAGUGUUCGCUUAAGAGAUGUUAUUCAGGAGUUACAGCAAAGACGUUUUUUGAGCGGCGCGCAUCAACCGGAAGUGGUCUUUUUUGCAUUCUUUGGCAGUGGUUUUGCCCAAAUUUUUGCGCAGAUUGUCUUUAUAUACGUAAAAACACUUAGAUAUACAAAUUUGGUAGCAUCAAGCCAUACUAAAAGGAACAAGGCCUCAGUUUCAGUUGACGUGCGCCGCUCAAAAAAGUCUUUGCUUAAACUCCCAAUAUACCCUCUGGUCCUCGGAAAGAAAACAGUAUCUGCCUUUGCGUAGCCUGCGUAGCAAGUGUUUCCGUGCGGUUUUGGAGCAAAGAGCGAGGAACCGGAGUCAAAGACCGCGUGUAAAAUGUCGAGAGUAAAAGAGCGGGGAGGGGUGGGGAAGAAAGGUUAUCUUUCCCUUUCGCUUCCCCCUUCGUUGAUAGUUUGGCUCUCGUUCCAUUUCUCGCGCGGCCAAAAUCGAAAGCCCCGUUCCUUGGUCUUUCUUUGCUCCGAAACCAAACGGAAACGCUUGCUACGCAGGUUAGCCUUUGCGUGAGAUUACAAAUACCCAAUCUUUCUUUCUUCAUGAUUACAAAUUAUACUCGCUUUGCAAUUCAUACUACAUUAAUUGGCGUUCUGUUUCUUUUCAUUUAACAGAUAGAUAGUGUUCAGUUGCAAGUGCUUUCUCCGCUCAAUUCCUUGCUCAACUUGUUUCAAGGACCGCAGCGCUUAAUUCAAAAGAGAAAUGACAAGUGCUUGGACUACGACAGCUGGUCAAACAAGAUUGACAAGAUAAAGGACAGAGAGAAAUUAAAAGUGGUACAUAUUAGUUGUUGAGAAUAAUUAAUCUUCUAAUGAGCUAACUCAGUGACGUAAUCGUUAAUAUUAUAGUUUUAGACCGGAUAACUGCCCAAACAUCCACAGUACAAAACAUCUUGCGUUGAACUUUCUUGCAGGACCAACGCGGAAAACUGUUGUCUUUGUUUCUAGGUUAAUUCCUGGUCUAUAAAAGAUUUAUUAUAUGGCCAAAAAGAGAACUUUUUCGUGUUGGACCAACCCGGGAAAUCGCUAGUGGGCAAGAUAGACCCAUCUUACUUCGCUCGGGUAGCCAAUGAGAACGAAUGACUAGCUUCAUCUUACCCGCUUGUGGAUUCAGCCAUAUAAUAAAAAGUGAUAAGCUUUGACGUUUGUUUUGUUUAUUUUGUGUUGUAUUUGUUUUUGACGUUGCUUUUUGGUUUUGUUCUUGCUUUUUUGUUUGUUUGUUUGUUUGUUUGUGAGUUUUCUAACAGUGUAUGUCCUUGUAAAUUUGUAGGCCAAAGAAGAACUGGGGCUUGCCAAGAAAAACUAUGAAGCACUGAACACUCAGCUGUUGGAGGAGAUCCCUGGUUUUACUGAGAAGUGUAUGUCUUUAGUGGUGGACUGUCUCAAGAACUUUGCUAUGGCACAGAACCGAUUAUACUAUGAAAUUCAACAGGAGUACGAGCAGCUAUUACAGGUACCUGUGCUUAUUACAGCAAUUGGGCUAAGGUGCUUAUUUUAGGAAAAAAUCGUUGGAACUCGGCCUGUAGCGGCAUAUAUAUAUGUGAAUACAAUUAAGAGGGUCCUGAGUGUCGGUUUUGGUCAUAGGGGUUCUGCAAUGAUAUUUUCAAAGGAAACGUAAUUUUAUAGAAAACUGAUGGAAACCUCAAGAGUUUAUAGCAUAAGGAUAUUCGUAAGAGUAUGAGACACUAAUGUCAUGGGGACUAAGCUAUUGGAGGCUAAUAUUAUAUGGACUUGGCUGUUGAUAUAUUAUCAGUGAUUUUGUUAUAAAUAGUUAUGGUGAGUCCUGGGACUCAUCUUGUGAAAAAUCGUGAGGCCCAGUUUAAUAAUAAAAAAAGAGUCCGAAAUUGAAACUGCUUAGGCCUUUAUGUAACGAGACAGUUAAUCUGAAGACAGACUCCAAACUCUGUAUUAAGUACAUGUAUACUGAAAUAGAAAUAAUUAAGAGUCCUUCUAUUUUGAAGCACAACAAAGACUAAAAGAAAUAAUGCAUCGUUAAACGACAGCCAUUUACAACGGCCACAGAAAUUACGCGAACGGGACGGACAUUUCUUCAAAUACACAUGUUCAGAUCGAUCGAUUAAUCGAUCUUUGCGUCCAUCCCCAUGCCAUGAAUUAUUUAGCGCCUUUGGGGAUUUUAAUGCGUCAGGGACGCGGGACGCAGAGGUAACAAAAUCACUGGAUUAUUGUCAAAUCCGCAGUCUUACAAUUUAGGAGUCCUUUGACACGUAACAUUUCACUAUUUCAGCUACCAGUUGUACAGACGGUGGAAGGUGACAUAAUUGAGCACCACAGCAAGAGAUCUUUACAAGUGAUGGAGCAGUUCUCGGACCUGAGUUUUAUACCGUUAAGUUUUGUAGCAAAGGACAGUUCUCGCAAGAAGAGGCGAUCAGUAAAAAACCCAACGCAACCUUCAAGAGAUCAGGUAAAUCUUGUAGACAGAUAGGCUUGAAACAGGCCAGCUCAUUUAUAUCAUUGCGAUAUACCACCUAUCGGUAUAUUCCAGUCCGAGCAGUCUUGGCGCAUUCAUGCCUGAUUAGUCCGCCUCAAUAGUGCAUUGACAUGCGUAAAUGUCCGACCAUUUCCCCCGAUGAGCGUGUUGCAUGAAAGUAUGGUGCAUUUAUUUGCAAAAUACUGUAUGCGUUUAGCCGUCGCAUUUUCCGGUUGAAAUAUUUUAUUGUUUUAACUGCUUAAAACCGUCUCAAUUUGCAAAUGCUAGUGUCUUUUGUCUGAAGACUAGUUUGGAAAAUUCAUCCUUGUGUGUUACCUUCCUGCGUGAAAAGUCGCAUAAGAGUUUCACGUUGUACUGAUAGUGACCGCAAAGAAAUGCACCAAGAUGCGUCGUAAUCUUCCAUAGAUGUUGUUUUGCUUAUCAAACCUAUCACCUGUUACUGUUCUAAUAACCAUUACCGUCGUCGCUCCUCUCCCUAUCACUCUUUUCCCACUGAAGGUGGAGUUGACUAUGUACACGCGUACCUGUAUUUGUUGCUUCUUUCAGGAUACCACAGAAGAUUAUGGGGACAACAAACCCAGUUUGGUGAAUUUUAGAGGUGAUGAAUUUGAGGAGAGAAUGCUAAGGAAGCAGAGGCAAGCUCCACCCCCUCCCUCCACGAUUCUCCAGCCAACGCCUGCCCCACGACGGCUGAGCAGUGCAGCAAGGCCUGUAAGUCUGUAGGGUGCGGUUAUUUAAGGUGUAAGGCAAAAAGUAGCUUCUUACCGACAUGUUUCUUUGUUGUUGUUGUUGUUGUUGUUGUUGUUGGGUGGUGUUGUGGUCAAUUAGAUCCCCGCUCUGUUAUGUGUUCCGCACCUUAAUUAUGGUGGAACUGAUUAGAUAAUAAAGCUUUUGCUUGUUUGUUUUUGAGGCCUUUCAUCGUUCUGACCUCAACUGAAAAUUUUAUUGGCGAAAUCUUCGUGCUACUUGCAUUCAGGCGUUUACUAUUUUAGUAUUUUACCAAUUUAACUGUCUAAGGAAUUUUAACCCUCAAAACUGCAAAACAAAACAAAACAAAACAAAAAAAACUUGGAGGACCCACACUUUUUUUAAGGCCCAUUUCAAACAACGAACAGCUUGUGCCAAAUUUAGCGGCAAAUAAGGAAAAUCUAUUGUUCUUCCUCACUUGCUUUCGUUCGGCACAUAACGUUUGAAACGGGUCUAACUAAUUCAGAAGCGUUUGCGUUCAGACGACAUCAGUUUCCACUGCUUAGGUCUGGGUCUAGCUUUUUACUUUGGCUUGUAGCUCACUUGAUGUAGACUCUAUAACAAUAGGUAUAGUAAGAGGUACGGCUGCAUGAAAGCUUCCAUUUCUCCUUUCCACCCCCCCUCGGUUUGUCGUUUGACCUCAGUUUGCAGGCCUCCCUAUCUCAUACUUAACGAAACACAAACAAGAAACACACAAAAAAGCCGCCUUCUACGCAGCCCAUCUUUAUUGUCAUCAGCGAAGUCACGGAAGUUUUUAAACCAACUUUAAAGGUGGAUUUUCUUUCUCAGGGCAAUAGUCAUGCAGGUAGCUCGGACAUGGUAGAAGUUAUUCCGGGCGGAGAAAAGCUCCACAUGGUCGAGUUCAGCUUUGAAGCUCAAAGUGCAGGAGAAUUAUCCGUGACUGAAGGAAACCUAGUGUCUGUCCUGCGAUACUCAGAUAACAGCGGUAACCCUGAGUGGUGGCUAAUUCAGUGUAAUGGUGCCACUGGUUAUGUGCCACAAAGUUACCUUUCUCUGCUAGAAGAUGCUGCUGAUAGUAGCGAAGGAGGUGCAAGUAGUACUGACAAUGCCUUCGCAGAUGAUAGCGUUAUUACCAAUGAAACGAGUCAGAUGGUGGUUACGGAAACAGAUCCAAGAGAGGAAUGCAGUGUAGCGUUGACUCGCGAGACUAAUCCUAAAGCAAGCUAUUACGCAGAGUUUGCGUUCGAGGCUAGUAGUGUAGCGGAAUUGAAUCUUGAAGAAGGACAAGCAGUAGUUGUUUUGCAGAAGCAGGAUUUGACAGGCAAUGAAGAAUGGUGGCUUGUAGAGGCGGAUGGACGUAAGGGAUACGUACCUUCCAGCUAUUUAACGCCGGUUGAAGAUUAAAAGCGACAGAACAGCAAAUAAAGGUUUAGUGUGCAAUAGCUUCUUCACAAGCUAGCCUGGGAAAACAGUCCACAUUUCGCGACGCUACCACUGAUUUCUUCGGCGUAAACAUGACUUCUGAGGAACGAGCGCAGAAAUUCCAUACUGAUGACGUGUCACUACCCAAAUCUGGGUAGUGCUACUGAUUGGUCUUGCCACUAGGGACAUUUCGGUCUGACCGACCAGACCGGUCAAAGUUGACCACCUUCAAAGCUGGUCCCGAAUAUCCUGGUCGGACUAAACCGAAAUGGUUCGUUCCAUUUGAUGUACCUCCCGAAAUUUCCCGGAAUUUUGGGUUGAAUGGAAAACGCCCAAGAAUUUUGCUUACCAUUUACCCAUACCGUGAACCGACCAGUUUGCUCGUGGAGAUGGUGAACAACCGGAGUUUUACGAGGAAACCAUUGGAAGCGUCGCGAAAUGUCGGCUGUUCCUUUGGCUCAGGCUGGUCAGUUAAAGGGACUACAGAAUAGAACUAUUUUGAAUUCCAAUCAAGCAUAAUCACAACCGAUUGCUCCGCAACUCCCUUUUAUUUCUAAUCGGUUAGGAAAGGCAAAAGUAGUCUUAUAGCGCUACCCGAAUGUUUUAAUAAACGCGUAUGACUAUGUUACUUUUUUUUAAGUUUGCUGUUUUGUAACUUACAAUAAGAAAUCAUUUGAAGCCUUGAGUCUUGCCUCCGCUGGCAGCGGCAUAGCUUGCUUCAACGGUGCGCUUUAUCUGUGUAAAAUUCUAUUCAUAAAUUAUUUCGUGAUGUAGAUAUCAAUAUGUAGAUAUCUUUCUCUGUGCUACCUUUAUAUGCUUAUUUUAUGAUGUAGAUAUCUUUCUCUGUGCUACUUUUAUAUGCUUAACUGAGGGGCCGUAAGCCGUCUUAACACUUAAACUGCAACGAGGAUUGAGGUGGUAACCUUGAUUUCAGUUAAAAAGGAAAGACAAUAUUUUAGUGUACAGUAGCUUCCAUUUGCACUCAGUGCAACCGGGAUGAAUACUAGCCUGCUAAUACAUCCACUUCUCCUCGCUCCUCGCCGCCAGGGACCUUUCUCCUGUCGAAAUGUCCAUAGUGGCGAGGAGCGAGGACAGACGGCUGUAUUAGGAGCCGCGCGAUUAUUUGACUUUUGAGGGGGGUACGGGUGAUUUGGAUUGGGUAAAAAUUAGUUUUCCCAAACCUCUGGUGAUAGAUUUUUCUCUGACAUGCAAAGGUGUAACAUUUUUUUUCAGUGUAGGAUAUUUUUUUUUCCCCAGGUGUUUCCUUGCAAUAAUUUUUUCCCUCGAAAUCAGUCUGCAGGAUAUUUUUUUCGGAAAUCACCCAUACCAAACCCCUCCCCUCCCCCGCCCCAUCUCAAAAGUCAAAUGGUCGGCCCCACAGCAAGCUACGUGAAUUUGUAAACCUGGCAAUCAGUUCCAUAAUGAUGACCAUGACAUGGGACUUCCAGAUCUUUAUCACGAGAUUUGUAAAACACGAGUAUUACCGUUUUCGUAAUAAACUGUUUCUUAAGAUAUGUGAAACCUCCAUGCAAUUGUCUCUUCUUCCGAGUAACCUACCAACCUAAAAUGAUAAUAGAAGAAAGGAAUAAACACUUAACUAAACUAAAGCACGUUUCGCACGCACAUGAACUCUUGCUUUGAUACGCGGUCAUAUUAAACUCACGUUCAACUUUAUACUGUGUGCCAAAUUAGCGAAAACAACAUCUCGCGAAUUUUUUUGCCACCCGGGGUUCAACAAGGCAAGCCAUCUAAUAACAUUGGUGGAAUUAAUGCUGGCAUAAUUGAAUUCACAGUAAAGUUAAUUCAAAUUUUAAGGAAGCUUGUCUCAACUACUUCUUGUUUAAAAGACACAGGAAAAUAGGGCUCAGCCCUUUAAAUUGUAUAUACACGGAUUUUCUGUAGCAAUUUUUGCAACAAACAUAAAUCAUUAAUAACUUUGCCAAGUACCUUCUGCGGUAUUUUUAACAAGCAAAUUUUGUACAUUAUAGUUUUGGGCUUUAAUUAGUUGCCCACUGCUAGCAAUUUAGCAAUCACAGG